AUGGCGUCGGUGUCACCAUUGGCUAAGUAUAAACUUGUCUUCUUAGGAGAUCAAUCUGUCGGAAAAACAAGCAUCAUCACACGUUUCAUGUACGAUAAGUUCGACACAACCUACCAGGCUACUAUUGGAAUCGAUUUCUUAUCAAAAACAAUGUACCUAGAAGAUCGAACUGUUCGUCUCCAGCUUUGGGAUACUGCUGGACAAGAAAGAUUCAGAAGUUUGAUCCCAAGUUACAUAAGAGAUUCUUCUGUUGCUGUAGUUGUGUAUGAUGUAUCCAAUAGGCUUUCAUUUCUCAACACUUCUAAAUGGAUCGAAGAAGUCCGCACCGAAAGAGCCGGUGAUGUUAUCAUUGUACUUGUCGGAAACAAGACCGAUCUUGUCGACAAAAGGCAAGUCUCGAUUGAAGAAGGAGACAGCAAAGGCCGUGAAUACGGUGUUAUAUUCAUUGAAACUAGUGCAAAAGCAGGGUUCAAUAUCAAGCCUUUGUUUCGCAAAAUCGCUGCGGCGUUACCAGGGAUGGACUCAUAUUCAAACAUGAAAACUGAGGAUAUGGUUGAUGUUAACCUAAAAGCGACUUCGAAUUCAUCCCAAGGAGACCAACAAGGAGGAGGCUGUUCUUGUUGAUGAUCAAAAGAAAGACGAGAGAGUAAUCUUUCAUACGAACAAGAACCUUAGAUCGUUCGGUUUAGAUCUCCAUUCGACUGGUUCCAUCAACAUAUCAUUUAUCUGUCUAAAUGCAUAUGUUAGUUUCCACUUUUAACACAUGUGUUUGUGAAUCGGAGUUCUUGCUGUGACUUUACA